AUGGCCUCCAUCAAUUUCCCCAAGGAGGAGCUGGACAUCAUCCAGAGAUGGCGGGAGAUCAAGGCUUUCGAGACACAAGUUAAAUUGUCAGAAGGCCGGGAGAGAUACACCUUCUACGAUGGUCCCCCAUUUGCGACAGGUCUCCCUCACUAUGGCCACUUGCUCGCCUCCACUAUCAAAGACAUCAUUCCACGCUACUGGUCGAUGAAGGGUUACCAUGUCGAACGACGCUUCGGCUGGGAUACCCACGGUCUGCCCAUCGAGCAUGAGAUCGACAAGAAAUUCAAAAUCUCCGGAAAGCAGGCUGUCAUGGAGAUGGGACUCGACAAGUACAACGCAGAGUGCAGGAGCAUUGUCAUGAGAUACUCAUCGGAAUGGAGGCAGACUAUCGAGCGUCUGGGACGGUGGAUCGACUUCGACAACGACUACAAGACCAUGGAUACGUCCUUCAUGGAGUCAGAAUGGUGGGCUAUCAAGCAGCUAUUCGAAAAGGGCCAGGUCUACCAGGGCUACCGCGUCAUGCCCUACAGCACUGUCUUGACGACCUCCCUGAGCAACUUCGAGGCGAACCAAAACUACCAGGACGUAACUGACCCCGCAGUCGUCGUCUCAUUCCCUCUAGUUAAAGACCCCAAGACGAAACUGCUGGCAUGGACGACAACGCCAUGGACCCUGCCUACAAAUCUGGGCUUGUGUGUUCACCCCGAAUUCGAAUAUGUCAAGAUCGCAGACGAGAAGUCAGGAGACAACUACAUCCUCCUCGAGAAGCUCCUGACCACCCUGUACAAGGAUCCGAAGAAGGCAAAAUUCAAGAUCCUUGAGAAGAUCAAGGGCAAGGACAUGCUUGGUUGGGAAUAUGAGCCCCUGUUUGACUACUACCACGAGGAGUUCAAGGGUGUUGCCUUCAAGGUCUUGAACGGCACAUAUGUUACAGAUGACAGCGGUACCGGUAUUGUCCACCAGGCUCCGGCCUUUGGUGAGGACGAUUUCAGUAUUGCAACAGAGGCUGGCAUUGUGACCGAGGACCGCCCUCCCCCUGACCCGCUCGAUGAGACUGGUCGCUAUCUCGCAAGAGUGAAGGACUUCGAGGGAAUGCACGUCAAAGAAGCUGACAAACACAUUGUUAAGGCUCUGAAGAACAAGGGAAGGCUGGUCGUCGACUCACAACUGAGGCACAGUUAUCCAAUGUGCCCUCGAUCCGACACUCCCUUGAUCUACCGUGCUGUGCCUUCAUGGUUCAUCCGAAUCCCAGAGAUUGUCCCCAAGAUGCUCCAGGAGAUCGAGUCCAGCCAUUGGACGCCGUCCUUCGUCAAGGAGAAGCGAUUUGCGAACUGGAUCUCAAAUGCUCGUGACUGGAACAUCUCUAGGAACCGAUACUGGGGCACCCCGAUCCCUAUCUGGCAAAGCGAUGACGGCGAGGAACGCAUCUGCGUUGGCAGUGUUGCUGAGCUGAAGGAGCUGAGUGGAUAUCAAGGGGAGCUGACAGACAUUCACCGUGACAAGAUCGACCACAUCACCAUCCCCAGCAAACAGGGCAAGGGCCAGCUCAAGCGCAUCGAGGAGGUGUUUGACUGUUGGUUUGAGUCAGGAAGCAUGCCCUUUGCCAGUCAACAUUAUCCCUUCGAAAACCAGGACAAGUUCAAGGAGUCAUUCCCGGGCAACUUCAUCGCGGAGGGUCUCGAUCAAACUCGAGGAUGGUUUUACACUCUCGUUGUCAUGGGAACACAUCUUUUCGGCAAGAUGCCGUUCAAGAACUGUGUGGUCAACGGAAUUGUCCUUGCCGAGGAUGGUAAAAAGAUGUCGAAACGUCUGAAGAACUACCCCGACCCUUCUAUCGUCAUGGAGAAGUACGGUAGCGAUGCUCUGCGCAUGUACAUGAUUAACUCGCCCGUGGUGAGAGCAGAGCCCCUUCGCUUCAAGGAGGCCGGUGUAAAGGAAGUCGUGCAGAAGGUUCUUUUGCCUCUGUGGAACAGCUUCAACUUUUUCAACGCCCAGGUUGCUCUGUUGAAGAAGAUCGAAAACGUGGAUUACCAGUGGGAUCCCACUAUGGAGUCAUCGAACACCAAUGUCAUGGACAAGUGGAUUCUUGCUAGCUGUCAGAGUCUGUUGGAGUGGGUCAAUCAGGAGAUGAAUGUGACUCCUAGGUUGCUUGGACUCAUUGAUGACACCACGAACUGGUACAUUCGCUUCAACCGGAAGCGACUCAAGGGGGAGAACGGUGUCGAGGACACCAAGCAUGCCCUGAACACGCUCUUCGAGGUCCUCUACACUCUUUGCAGAGGGCUUGCCCCCUUCAUGCCCUUUAUCACCGACAACAUCUACCUGAGAAUCCUUCCUUAUAUCCCUGAGAGCUUGCGAGAAGAAGACCCCCGGAGUGUGCACUUCUUGAAGUUUCCCGAAGUCCGGAAAGAGCUGUACAACCCCGAGAUUGAGCGCAGGGUCAGCCGUAUGAAGAAUAUCAUCGACCUAGCUAGAGUCUCACGUGAGCGCAAGGCCAUCGGAGUCAAGACACCGCUCAAGACCCUGGUCGUCAUCCACACCGACGCUACCUAUCUGGAGGAUAUCCGAUCUCUGGAGGGCUACAUUGCAGAAGAGUUAAACGUCCGCGACCUGAUCCUCACGUCCGACGAGGCUUCUUAUAAUGUCCAGUACAGCGUUACGGCUGACUGGCCAGUGCUCGGCAAGAAGCUCAAGAGGGACAUGGGCAAGGUCAAGAAGGCACUGCCAGGCGUUAACAGUGACCAGGUCAAAGACUACGUCGCAACGGGCAAGAUUGUUGUGGACGGUAUCGAGCUGGUAGAGGGCGACCUGGUGGUCCGCCGCGGCAUCAAAGAGACCGAAUCAACCAAGAACUCCGAAGUCAACACGGACAGUGAUGUCCUCACCAUCCUGGAUUGCCAGUUGUACCCCGAGCUCAAGGCCGAGGGCAUUGCCCGUGAGAUUAUCAACCGGGUGCAGAAGCUCCGCAAGAAGGCCGGCUUGCAGCCAACGGACGACAUCAAGAUGGAGUACAACGUGUUGUCUGACCCGGAGAGCCUGGGCAUUGAGGAGGUUUUUGUGACGCAGACGAAGCAACUAGAGAAGGCUCUCCGACGGCCGAUGGACAAGCACAUUGUUACGCAGGUGGACGGCGAGAUACCCAAGGGUCAACAGGAGGGUGUGAUUGCUGAGGAGCUGCAGGAAGUUCAAUCUGCUACCUUCUUGCUGCGGUUGUUGAAGCUAUAG